UUCGAUUUAUAAACGGAUUGAGAGCAUUUGUGAAUCUCUCAUUCGUUGGUGGCCGGAAUCCACUGAAGUUUCUAGCCGAUCGUGCGCCACCACCGGUGCUUUCCACUCACUCCCAAUUUCUGACGUCUCUCUCUCUCUCUCUCUCUCUCACUAUCAGUCGCUGCCCGUCGCCGUGGGUUGGUUCGUCGAGGUAGUGAGGAGGAGUGGAGUCGAUGGACGGCGCCAUGGGAACUGUGGACGAGAAGCUGAUUCUUGAGAAGGAGAAGAAGAACGGAGGCAUCGUGGCGGUGAACCCGAAGCCGAAGAAAGGGUUGGUGUCGAAGACGGUUGACCUAAUCGAGCGCGUGCUCGUCGCCCUGAUGUACGAUUCCAAGGCUCCCCUUCACUACCUUUCCGGCAACUUCGCUCCCGCCCGCGAUGAGACCCCGCCCGCCCGCGACCUGCCCGUCCUCGGAUCCCUGCCCGGAUGUUUGAAUGGGGAAUUUGUCAGGGUAGGACCUAAUCCCAAGUUUGCUCCUGUGGCUGGCUAUCACUGGUUUGAUGGCGAUGGAAUGAUUCAUGGUAUGCGCAUCAAAGACGGAAAAGCAACUUAUGUUUCACGUUAUGUCAAAACAUCACGUCUUAAACAAGAAGAACAUUUCGGAGGAGCAAAAUUUAUGAAGAUUGGGGAUCUCAAAGGACUGUUUGGAUUGUUCAUGGUCCAAAUGCAAGUUCUUAGAGCAAAAUUGAAAGUACUAGAUGUUUCAUAUGGCACGGGGACAGCUAAUACAGCUCUAAUAUACCAUCAUGGGAAACUUUUGGCUUUGUCAGAAGGCGAUAAGCCAUAUGUUGUUAAAGUCCUAGAAGAUGGAGAUCUUCAAACCCUCGGUUUGUUGGAUUAUGAGAAGAAGUUGAAACAUUCAUUUACUGCUCAUCCGAAGGUUGAUCCAUUCACCGGUGAAAUGUUUACCUUUGGCUACUCACAGACAGCACCCUAUGUUACUUAUCGAGUCAUUACUAAAGAUGGUGAAAUGCUUGAUCCAGUACCAAUAACAAUACCCGCUGCCAUUAUGAUGCAUGAUUUUGCUAUCACUGAAAAUUAUGCCAUCUUUAUGGAUCUGCCUUUGUACUUUACACCGAAGGACAUGGUGAAAGGAAAACUCAUAUUUAAUUUUGAUGCUACAAAGAAAGCUCGUUUUGGUAUACUUCCUAGAUAUGCAAAGGAUGACCGACUGAUUAGAUGGUUUGAGCUUCCAAAUUGCUUUAUAUUUCACAAUGCAAAUGCUUGGGAGGAAGGCGAUGAGGUUGUUUUAAUAACCUGCCGCCUUCAGAAUCCUGAUUUGGACCAGGUAAAUGGACCUGUCAAAGAUCAUCUUGAGAAUUUCACAAAUGAGCUGUAUGAGAUGAGAUUUAAUAUGAAAAAUGGUGCCGCAUCACAGAAGAGACUUUCUGUCUCUGCAGUUGAUUUUCCAAGGAUCAACGAGAACUACACUGGAAGGAAACAACGAUAUGUGUAUGGCACUAUACUAGACAGCAUCGCAAAGGUAACGGGCAUAAUUAAAUUUGAUCUGCAUCUGGAGCCAGAAACUGGUAAAAAGAAGCUUGAGAUUGGAGGAAACAUUAAAGGAAUAUUUGAUCUUGGACCGGGACGAUAUGGCUCCGAGGCAGUAUUUGUGCCACGCCAAUCAGGGAUUACAUCAGAAGAGGACGAUGGCUACUUAAUCUUCUUCGUUCAUGAUGAGAACACAGGGAAAUCAGCAGUCAAUGUAAUAGAUGCGAAGACCAUGUCCGCGGAGCCAGUGGCAAUUGUUGAACUUCCACACAGGGUGCCCUAUGGGUUUCAUGCCUUCUUUGUAACAGAGGAUCAACUUCAACGCCAAACUGAGGCAUGAAAGGUUUCAUUCCUUUCCCAAUAAGAGAGGUUUAGCAGAGGUAGAGGCUUAGAAGCUUCAGCCACUUGAUCUGAUAACUACUGAUCAUCAACCACUUGUACUACUUAAUUCGAUCAAAUUAGACAAUAUUAUCUUAUACAUAUUGUGUAUAUAUAAACUGAAGUGAGCAUGGAUUAAUAAGGGACUGAAUUAAUUCAAAAAAUGCUUGCUUCAUUAAAUUGACA